UAAUUUUUUUAUCCCCUAGAACAUGGUGAUGAGUUUCCGAGUCUCAGAUCUUCAGAUGUUGCUGGGUUUUGUUGGCAGGAGUAAAAGCGGACUUAAACACGAACUAGUCACCAGAGCACUGCAGCUGGUCCAAUUUGACUGCAGCCCUGAGGUUUUCAAGAAGAUCAAGGAGCUCUACGAGACCCGUUAUGCCAAGAAAAGCUCCGAGGCCCCGCAGCCGCACCGCUCCCCCGAGGCUCUCCCCAUUCAUUCUUCAUACGACCGCGGGAGCGCCGUGGCUCGGACUUCUAUCUCCACCCCCAACAUUGACUAUCCCACGCUCUAUGGGAAGUACCUGAACGGACUGGGCAGGUUGCCCCCCAAAGCUGUGAAGCCUGAAGUCCGCUUGGUGAAGCUCCCCUUCUACACCACCCUGGAUGAGCUGCUGAAGCCCACGGAGCUCGUUCCACAGAACAACGAGAAGCUCCAGGAAAGCCCCUGCAUUUUCGCAUUGACGCCGAGACAAGUGGAGCUGAUCCGAAACUCCAGAGAGUUGCAGCCCGGUGUGAAGUCGGUUCAGGUGGUGCUCAGGAUCUGUUACACAGACACCAGUUCUCCCCAGGAGGAUCAGUACCCCCCCAACAUCGCCGUGAAAGUGAACCACAGUUACUGCUCCGUGCCGGGCUACUACCCGUCAAACAAACCCGGGGUGGAACCCAAGAGGCCCUGCCGUCCCAUCAACCUCACCCACCUCAUGUAUUUGUCUGCGGCCACCAAUCGCAUCACCGUCACCUGGGGGAACUACGGGAAGAGCUAUUCUGUGGGGCUGUACUUAGUGCGGCAGAUGACCUCAGCGGAGCUGCUGCAGAGGUUGAAAACCAUUGGGAUCAAACAUCCAGAGCUCUGCAAAGCACUGGUAAAAGAGAAGCUACGCUUGGACCCAGACAGUGAAAUCGCCACCACGGGCGUUCGCGUGUCUCUCAUCUGCCCGCUGGUGAAGAUGCGGCUGUCUGUGCCGUGCCGGGCUGAGACCUGUGCGCACCUGCAGUGCUUCGACGCCGUCUUCUACCUUCAGAUGAAUGAGAAGAAGCCCACGUGGAUGUGUCCCGUGUGUGACAAGCCCGCGCCCUACGACCAGCUGAUAAUUGAUGGGCUGCUGUCUAAGAUCCUGACUGAGUGUGAGGAUGCGGAUGAGAUCGAGUACCUGGUGGAUGGCUCGUGGUGCCCCAUCCGAGCCGAGAAGGAGCGCAGCUGCAGCCCGCAGUGCCCCAUCCUGGUGCUGGGUUCUUCGGAUGUGAACGGGCUGCUGCCCAUCCCGAGCGCUAACGGUGAGAACGGCAAAGCUGCUGCUGACGUGGUGGAUUUAACACUGGACAGCUCGUCGGAGGAGGAGGAGGAGGAGGAGGAUGAGGAGGAAGAUGACGACGAUGAGGGACCCCGACCGAAACGGCGCUGCUCUUACGAGAAGGGUUUGGUCUCUGCCUGCUGACUGUGGAAGCAGCUCUGAAUCUCAGAACGGACAGACUUGAAUACUCUGGUGCUGAAACUGGAGGGGGAGGGAGAGCGUCGUCUCCCACCUCGUCUCCCAUCCUCUCCCAUCUCUGACUUUCCUAUUCUGAAUUAACCAUUAAAACAAGAGAAAAACAAACAAA